AUGGAACCAGAUAUAAAGACAGAAGAUGAUAUGCAUGUCGAUGCUGCCGAGUUCCAGCCCGUGGAAGAGAGUCUAUCUGCGAUGCAACUUACGCAACCGCAAGGAACAGGCCUUGAUAUGAGAGAUAUGCCAAUUCAUGAACUGAUGGGGAUUUUCUAUCAGCGAAUUUUUCCAUACAAAACUUACUAUCAUUGGCUUAAUUAUGAUACGGUCCCCACAAAAUCGUUUAUAAAUCGUGAAUUUAGUUUUAAUCUGCCCAACGAUGUCUACGUGCGAUACCAGUCAUUCAACAGUCAUGAGGAAUUAAAAGCAGAAUUACUAAAGGAGCUUCCAUCAAAGAUUGAUAUUGGAGCAGUAUAUACGAUCAAGCCAAAGGAUAAGAAGACAGCUCGACCUGGAGCAUUUGUGCCAGUUGAGAAGGAACUAGUGUUCGAUAUUGAUAUGACUGAUUAUGAUGAAAUACGUAAAUGCUGCAGUGGAGGCAAUGUCUGCAUAAAGUGCUGGCAGUUUAUGACAAUUGCUAUUAAAAUCUUGGAUAGCGCACUACGAGAUGAUUUUGGCUUCAAGCAUUUACUUUGGGUAUAUUCUGGUCGACGUGGUGUACAUUGCUGGAUCUGCGACGAGAGAGCGCGAAAGCUGAGCGAUGAAGCAAGGUCAGCUAUCAUUGCAUAUCUUUCGGUGAUAAAGGGUGGUGCACAACAAGCCAAGAAAGUAUUCCUUCCGAAAGCAUUGCAUCCCUCAUUACAGCGGUCCGCCGACAUAUUACGAAGCUAUUUUUCCCAGAUUGUGUUGGAAGAUCAAGACUUACUGAACGAUGAAGAGGGAUGGAGAAAGAUUCUCCAAUGCAUACCUGACGAAGAGACACGGAAGACUCUUUCAGAUGCCUGGAAUGCUGCGCCAUCGCGAACGUCUACGGAUAAGUGGACAGAUUUGGUCUCAGAAUUGAAUCAUGCAUGUGGAACGCUAAAGAAGGAUGUGCUUAAUUACAAGAAUCAAAAAAGAGCUGAUGCUCUUAAGAAUGCAGAACUAGAAAUAAUGUUCCAAUACACAUAUCCGCGUCUGGACGAAAAUGUGUCAACCCACAUAAAUCACUUGCUAAAAAGACGAGUCUGCGUUCCAAUCGACCCCGAAAAGUGUGAGAACUUUGAUCCACAUGAAGUGCCCACAGUAGCUGACUUGCUAUGCGAAUUGAAUAAAUACAGUGUUAAAGAAGAGGGAGAACGGAAGCUUCAUGAUUAUGAAAAGACUUCGCUCAAACCCCACAUAAAGUAUUUCGAAAAUUUUGUUCAAGGAAUUUUUAGAGAGGUUAGAAAUAAGAAACGAGCAUCAACGAUAUGGAAUUUUAAUUUAAAUGGGUCGACCCGAAAGAGAAGAAAGAAUACUCUCGCGGAUGAAAAAAGCACAGCAGUGACCAGCACCAAACAACGACGAGACAAUGCCGCGCGUGGGUCGGAGUUCGAGGCGACCGUAGGAAAAAUCCUCACACAGCGCGGCAUCCGCGUAUAUACAAGGCGGAACUCGAACAGUGAUAGUGGUGUCGACCUCAUGGCCACCGUCAGCAGAACCCAGUAUUUACUUCAGUGCAAGAAUCAUAAGUGCAAGAAUCAUACUGGGAAAAUUACUGCUCAAACCGUUCGAGCAGUAGCUGGCACUGCUAGAAGCGAGGCAGAAGGGUCGAUUAUGGUGCUGGUGGCGAAGGCUAGGGACCAGGACGCCUUCACGGAGGAAUAUGAUGGAUUGCGCAACGGUAAACGUUGA